AUGCGCAGAAGAGCUGCAAGCAAAAGGGCGCAGAGAGAACUAGAUGAGCAACUUGGUGUGGCCGUUGCUUUGACGGAUGAAGAAAACCAGAGCCGUCGUGGUUCACGAGAAGGCCGGGCAUCGAAUGUGGAUAGACAUAGACAUUCUCGGGCUGAUGGUAUCUACCCGAGAUGGACAACAUUUGUGAAAUCAAUUCCACAUCCCCGAUCCCAGAAGGAAAUUUUUUUUGCUGCCUAUCAAGAGGGGUACAGAAAAGAUGUGGAGAGGUGCUUUGGUAUCCUUCAAGCUUGGUGGGCUAUUAUCAGGGGCGCGGUGCGUCUAUUUGACAAGGAGGUGCUCAGAAGUAUAAUGAUGACUUGUAUCAUCCUCCACAACAUGAUUAUGGAAGAUGAGUAUGAUUACGAUGUUGAUGAAGUGUAUGAGCCAGAUCCCAUGAACACGACCUUAACACGAAUUUAUGAAAAACCUAUGGGGCCAAAUGGAGAACCAGUGCAGCAUGAUCCGUUGGUUAGAGACGGUACUUUCAUGCAUCGUAUGAUUGAGCGCUACACGGAGAUGCAAUCGUCGUAUAUUCACGAACACCGUCAAGUUGACUUGAUGGAACAUUUGUGGGCGGUGAAAGGCAAUGAAGGUCAAUGA